CUGGCACCGCCCGGCGCAGUCGGGUUCUCCUUGGGCGCCUGGAUCCUCGCCUCUGCUCCUCCGCCGCGCCCGGGACGGGCUGGUCGUCCGCAGCCAUGGAGGCUCUCGGGCCCGUGGAAGCCCGCAGUCCGCUCGAUUAGCGCCCCCGGCCCCAGUCGCCGUCGCCCCCGUCGCCGCCCGGGACGCGCGCCUGCAGCAUGGAGUCGCCCGCCUCCAACCAGCCCGCCGGCAUACCCCAGGCCAAAGCAAAACCCAAGCGGAAGAAAGACUUACGGAUCUCCUGUGUGUCCAAGCCACCUGCACCCAACCCCACACCCCCUCGGAACUUGGACUCUCGGACUUUCAUCACCAUUGGAGAUCGGAACUUUGAGGUAGAGGCCGAUGACCUGGUGACCAUCUCGGAGCUGGGCCGCGGCGCCUAUGGGGUGGUGGAGAAGGUGCGGCAUGCCCAGAGUGGCACCAUCAUGGCUGUGAAGCGGAUCCGGGCCACUGUGAACUCCCAGGAACAGAAGCGGCUGCUCAUGGACCUGGACAUCAACAUGCGCACUGUGGACUGUUUCUACACCGUCACGUUCUACGGGGCGCUCUUCAGAGAGGGAGAUGUGUGGAUCUGCAUGGAGCUCAUGGACACAUCGCUGGACAAGUUCUACCGCAAGGUGCUGGAGAAGAACAUGACGAUUCCAGAAGAUAUCCUGGGGGAGAUUGCCGUGUCUGUGGUACGGGCCCUGGAGCACCUACACAGCAAGCUAUCCGUAAUCCACAGAGACGUGAAGCCAUCCAACGUUCUCAUCAACAAGGAUGGCCACGUGAAGAUGUGUGACUUCGGCAUCAGCGGCUAUCUGGUGGACUCGGUGGCCAAGACGAUGGAUGCCGGCUGCAAGCCCUACAUGGCUCCUGAGAGAAUCAACCCCGAGUUGAACCAGAAGGGCUACAAUGUCAAAUCAGACGUCUGGAGUCUCGGCAUCACCAUGAUCGAGAUGGCCAUUCUACGCUUCCCUUAUGAGUCCUGGGGGACCCCGUUCCAGCAGCUGAAGCAAGUGGUGGAGGAGCCUUCUCCCCAGCUCCCGGCUGACCGCUUCUCCCCCGAGUUUGUGGACUUCACGGCACAGUGCCUGAGGAAGAACCCUGCAGAGCGCAUGAGCUACCUGGAGCUGAUGGAGCACCCCUUCUUCACCUUGCACAAAACUAAGAAGACGGAAAUCGCUGCCUUUGUGAAGGAGAUCUUGGGAGAGGACUCGUAGGGGCUGGGCCGGGAUCCUGCUGGGAUGCUGGGUGCCCGCAGCCCCCUGUGCCGGGGCAGUGCCCGCCCACAGCUGGAAACUGCUGCCAUCCAGCCCUUGGGAGGAAUCCGGGGGCUUCUCCUACCUGGCUGUGCAAGGCCAACCGUUGGGCACUCACGCCAAAGAACCAAGACCUCUGGCCGCUGCCACCGAGCCCGCCUGGGCCCCAUCAGCGCCUCCAGCCCCGGACCCUGGACGCGGAGGUGUCAGAGAGCCAGUGCUGUGUGGGCCCCUGCUCUGGACGCUGCCCAAGCUGUAUAUAUUUUUUAAAUCUCAACUGAAUGGACCUGGCACACUUUAGGUCUGGGGUGACUGUGCCUUGGGCCUGGCCUGGAUGUGAAACACACACAGGGACAAGGGGGUGAGCCCUGAAUAAGCCUGCACCCCAACUCCUCAAGGCCUUGCUGUCACAACCCUGGUGUCCAUUACUUCUGUCUGUUGGCGUCUAGGGCUGUCGCUUCACUUUUUUUGGGAGUUUGUUUUUUUUUAAUUUAUCCUCUGUUGAUUUUUUUUUUCUUUUUGCUUACUGGAUUUGGCUGGUUUUCCUUGCAUGGAUUGGAACUGAUCGCUUCUCUUCCCUCCCCUGGGGUGGCAACAGGUGCAUUCCUGCCCACCCCACCACCCCCUGACGUGGGCUCAGGCUGUGAGUGUGUGUGUGUGUGUGUGUGUGUGUGGCUAGGAGGUGGAGCCCUGGUCAGUCUCUUCUCAGAGAAGUACCUGGGGAGAUGUACUGGGAUAGGAGCUGACGGGGAGGCCUGCUUGAUCAAGGGCUAUGAAUUUGCUUUGGUGGUGUUUGAGG